AUGACUUCCAUGGAAAAAAGACUGCAGAAAGAACUUCAGGCUAUGACAAAAGAUCCCCCUGCCGGCGUCAGUGUAAACACAAACAGUUUAAGUUCCAGUUUGUCAGAAUGGGUGGUUGAUAUUGAAGGAGCACCCGGUACUUUGUACGAAGGGGAACGGUUCCAGCUCAGUUUUAAAUUUACCUCUAGGUAUCCGUUUGACUCGCCACAGGUGAUGUUCCUGGGGCCUAACAUUCCAGUCCACCCACACAUCUACAGUAAUGGUCAUAUAUGUCUGUCCAUUCUGACGGAGGACUGGUCACCGGCACUGUCGGUGCAGUCUGUCUGUCUCAGCAUAGUUAGCAUGCUCUCCAGUUGCAAAGAAAAGAAACUGCCCCCUGACAACGCUAUUUAUGUUAGAACAUGCAGUAAAGAUCCAAAGAAAACCAGAUGGUGGUAUCAUGAUAAUUCUGUAUGA